CCCCGGCCGUCCUACCCGCGUUGCCAUGGCAGCGGGGCAGGGAGCCCGCAGGCCGCCGCCAUGAGCAAGAGGAGGCAGCAGCAGCAGCUCUUGGACUCUCUGACCCGAUCCUCCAAGCACUUUAAUAAAGGUGAGGUGGAAUGUCUGGUCAAGCUCUUCAACAGGCUGGCGGCCGAGCCCAGCAACCACUUUGUUAAUGUGGGCCUUGACCGUAACGUGUUCAAAGACGUGAUGCACAGAACCUUUGGCAUGACAGAUGACGUGAUCCUGGACAGAGUGUUCCGCACUUUUGAUAAAGACAACAACAACUGCAUCAGUGCAGUGGAAUGGGUGGAAGGCUUAUCAGUGUUUCUUCGGGGGACAUUGGAAGAAAAGAUUAAAUACUGUUUUCAGGUUUAUGACCUGAAUGGUGAUGGAUACAUUUCAAGAGAUGAAAUGUUUCAACUGCUAAAAUACUGCCUUCCUAAACAACCCUCAGAAGAAGAUACUGAUGAGGGAAUUAAGGACUUGGUAGACAUAGCACUGAAGAAAAUGGACAGUGAUCAUGAUGGCAAGAUUUCUUUUAUGGACUUUGAAACAACAGUCAGAGAUGAUUAUCUUCUCUUGGAAGCCUUUGGACCUUGUUUGCCAGACAUAAAGAACACUAUAGCAUUUGAAGAGAAAACUUUCCAGACAACUCGUAAAGUGUAA